AUGUCUUCAGAAACGUUAAUGAACCACAUCAGUGAAAUGAUUGGUGAUGCAAUUGUUUAUCAUUUUGAACUAUACAGAUUUGAUUGUACACUUUUCCGCCUUGUUUUCGAUCAUAUCAAAUCAAUUCGGCAUUUUGAAAUCACUAACUUCCGCCCUCAUUAUAAUAUUUAUGACAGAGAUGACAAUUUGUGUGUGAGACAAUAUUUUCUUCAAUUGAACUCCGACACCAAGUUCACUCCCUCCACGUUUAUUUAUUCAAAAUCAAAGUGGUUUUACGAUGUGACUGCAAUUUCGCUCAAUCUCAUUCUCAAACAAGGAAAAGAACUAGAUUUCCACUGUUCGCUACCAAAUUUGAUUGCCUUAACUGUCAUCGGUCAUGAUCUAUUUCCUCGUGGCCAUCGAUGCAAUUCGCGAUUACACAAGUUGCAUAUACACUUCACGUGUUUUCGCUGUGAACCGUUGAGUGACUCAUUUGACACCAAUGCGCUUCGUGAAGUAGCUGUACUGAGAUCGUUCAAGUUUUAUGGAACGUUUUCACACUUUUCCCACCGAAAUUUGGCCGAUCAAUACCUACAGCUCAGUCAUUUUUGUAUAAGACUUAACGCAAGGACCAGAAGUAUUUCUUCUAUUGCAAAACUAAGAUCCAUGACGCAUAGCACUUUGGGGACGUUAAUUAUCACUAGGAUUCAAUUCAUUGGAGCAGAAUAUAAUGGUGCAGAAGCGCAGAAACCAACUAUGAGGGUUGAUAAUUACGAUCUUAAUACAUGCUCUCUGGAAAGCUUGAUCUCGUGUUGGAUUUCGAUGAUCGAUAACGUUCCUCCUCGAAUUCUUACAGCUUCAGAAUUGAAAGGAGUCAGGGGGUUGAUUGAUGAACUUGAGCGACAAACAGAACCUGAGACAAGAUCGGGAUCAUGUUGCCAGAGUCAAAACUGGAUUCAAAAUUGA